CCUGCUGAAUGCCACCGUUAAAUUCCAAUACUCCUCCAUCUCUCCACCGCAUCGCAUCGCCCAAGUCGCUGACCUCGCACAAUGGCAGUAUGUAUUUCUUCUUCUCACUUCCUUUUGACACUAAUACUAAAUAUGGUCUAAUGCCAUUUCGUUGCUGCCAAGAUUCACGCACGAUGCAUCAUUUCGUAACGCCGUCGUAAAGCCUCAGGUUUACUGCCCUUGAUUACUCACUCCCAUCCCAUCCCGUGGCAGAAACAAGCAAAGACAGUUUACCAGCACUCCAAGGCAUAUGUCUUCUUAAUGGAGAUUAUUCUAUUUUCUCAAUGAUGACCCUAAUCGAGUUGAUCGUGUGCCAGUGCUUUUUUUAUUAUAGGAGAUGGCAAGAAGCUCUUGACAAACGCUCGUUGUCUCCAACAUGAUACGCCUGUUUACUUUUCUUCUUCUUUUUUUCAACUUUCUUGAUCAAGUUAAAGUUGAUUGAAAUUAUAUGGCUAAGCUUUGACCAAGUUAUUGGAGACGAAAAGCUCUCCAGUCUCCGCAACAUAUGGGAAAUAUUUCAGCUUCAUUACUCAUUCCUAAGAAAUCAAAACAAAACAAACACUCCGACACCAAAUCAAAACCCGACAAUUCCACAUUUCAUGUGCUCUGCCCCUAGCAAAAGGUCUCUCAGAAACAGAGAGAGAGAGAGACUCAUUCACAGAAAGAAAAUCAUGGGCGUCUCUCUGUUCGUUGGCCUUACCCUUCUCUCACUCUGUCUGCCCACUUCAACAUCCGAGCUUCUACAGUUUCAGCUCUCCACCAUAUCAGCUGCACCUUCGUUUUUGCCCGAAGCGCCUUCUAGUUUCUCAGCUUCACCUCCGGAGGCUAUGUCUCCGGAUAUCUCUCCUCUGUUCCCUACUCCGGGUUCGAGCGAAAUGUCUCCUUCUCCGUCAGAAUCUUCUGCCAUGCCGACAAUCCCCUCAAGCCUUAGCCCACCAAACCCAGAUGCUGUGGCUCGUGAUCCUCUGCUUGACACUUCUCCAGUGGGGUCUCCUCUGCCUGCAUCUUCCUCUGUUUCUUUGGUCUCUUCACCACUCUCUCUACUUCUUGUGUUCCCCAUGUUGCUGCUGCUACCUUUCUCCAGAUUCUCUAGUUAAUCACUUAGAAACUGAGAGUAAGGCCCUCUUGACAUCAACCUCUGCCAGAAAAAAAAAACAAAAACAAUGUAUUUUUCUUGUAAUUUUGAUAUUAUUAUACCUUUUCUAUUAAUUGUUCGUAUGAAAAUUGUAAUU